AUGUCAUCUCUCAAAGCAUAUUUUCAAAAUCUAAAUAUUUUCGACAUAGUCGAUGGUGACAACGUUGAAGAGAAUGAAAAACAAUUUCGCUUUGAUAUACUUAUCACUCGCGUUUAUCUUCUAAUUCUCAUCUGUCUGCUAAUUGCUGUUGUGAUUGUAUUAUGUGUUACUCCCGAUACAACUGUUCUUACGAUUAAUCAACUGACAAUCGACCAGAUUGGAACUUUACCAUACGAUGCUCAAUGUCCAUGUUCACAAAUCUCGAUCCUGUACAGUGACUUCACUGUCUUACAGGCGAAAUUUCAUGAAGUCUGUUCGAGCGAUUUCAUUUCUGAUCGAUGGAUUCAAACUAUCAAUGUCGGAACGAAUGUAAGUUAUUAUCAACCGACGGAUUUUCGAGUCUUUGGAAGUGCACAGUUCAUGGCUCUUUCGGCAUUUUGUCGUCUUUCGCAAAUGAAUGUGUUGGGAAAUCUCGCGUCAUUCGAUAUGAGUACUCUAAUUAGUCAGUAA